AUUGUCAUUUCAUGGAGAGUGAGAUCGUCAGGGUUUCCGAAUUGACCGUCUCGGCACACCUGCCGCAGCCUCCUCCCCUUGUUGAACUUCGUUUUCCAUGCUCUGGAGUUGCACAGUUGGAACAAUUAUCUGUGUUUCGAUUUUGGGGCACACGCCGUAGCAUCUUUCAGCAACUUGGUUGCUAUUGGAAUCGCCGUGAGGUGGAAGUUUGAGGCAGUUGAAGCAGGAGGGGCUUUGCAUGCUUGCCUCGUCAACAGGCUAUUAAUUUUUGCUCUUGAUUCAUUUUCUGUAUGAUUUUUUAGUCAAUCGGAUGGCGUGGUUUUGGGAGUUCUGAUUUCAAAAGGUGACUUCUACUAUCAUGUAUUAGUAGAUGCAGAUGUAUCAGGACGCUGGAGCAGAUUAUGUCAGACACCGUGCCUUAGUUUUGUGAUACUUUCGCGGAAAGUAUUACGAGUGUAUUCUCAUAAAUCUGCAAGUAUGGAGGACAGCAGUGGGGUCAAUCUUUGGGAGACUCUGCCGGACGAAUGCAAGUCAAUGAUUUUAUCGCGCUUAUCGAACAGAGAGGCUGCACGAAUUGCAAGAGUUUCCAAGGAGUUCGAUGAAGUGGUGAAGAAUAUUAGAGACUCGGUCCAACUCCUUGUAUUGCCCCCUGAUUUAUCACCUGCAGCCUUGCAAAGCUUUGUAGCUUCUCAUAGAAAUCUGAAGUCUUUAAGUUUCAAGCGUUGCAGUUCCAAAGUUAAGAAAUUCUUGCCCAUUUUAGAGGCUGCGGCGGGCGGCAAGCUGGAUAGCAAGUGGUAUCAUCGGCGGUCACUAGAAUCUGUGGAUUUUAAAAGCUGUGGGUUUCUGACUGACGUGGACGUAAACGCGCUUUGUGUUCUACAUUCAAGGUUGGAAGAUGUCAAUCUGGCAAAUUGUUGCGGCAUUUCUGAUGUUGCCCUUACAGUUCUCUCUCGUUACCAGCAGCCCAGGCCCACUCCUGGUGAUUCUACUCCUGAGGUCUCUGGUACAAAAUUGUUGGAAGAAGCAGAAUCUUACACGCCUGUUACACAAACUCCUGAAACCAUUAGGGAAGCCCAUGAUGAUUUUUGGCCUGAUCUUAACUUGAAUGCGCAUUCCAAGCUUAGCAAAGUUGAGACGAAGGACGUUUCAUGGAGACCUGCUAGAGCACUCAGUUCUUCGUCUGGUGGACUCCCUCUCACUCCUCGGGAGACAUCUGAUAGGGCUGCUGUAGAUGCUGAUCAAAGUUCAAAAACCAUGAAGCCAACCCUACCUUCUAGGAGUUAUGCUGAGGCGGCCUUGAAAGCGCUUUCUGUUGAUAGUUCUUCUCACAUGGUUCCCUCCAAUACUUCCAGAAUAAAUUUGGAUGUGACAUCGCCUCUAGCUUCAAGUGUUCAUACAAAGAACUGUAUAGAUAUAGAUUCUGAGCAUUUUGCCCUCCCUCACAUAGAAUGGAGCAGUGUUCAGGUACCGACAAGGACCGUGGAUCCGUCUGGCUCUAGUAGUAACGAUACUUCCCCCUGUGCAUACACACCCGCUGAGAGCUUAAUUGUGGAAGACCGAAAGCUGGGGAAACUCAAUUUAUUUAAUACUCGGAAGAAGAAAGGGAACAAGGGCUUAUUAGAUUGUGCUAGUAAACAGGACUUCCUUCAAAGGGAUGAUCUUAAGUUAGCUUCAUCAAGGAGAUUUGACAAGGUUAUCGUAGAAGAGGAUGGAAAAGGGACCAAUUAUCAAAGUCUUGAUUUUGAAACUUCAGGUGAUAGGAGGCUCGCUACCCGGAGGAGUCUCCACAUCCCGGACUCUCGUGCAAGCACUUCGGAGGAGGAAUACAACAAAUUAGUUCAGGAUUUUAAAGCUUCAAAAGUUGUUCGAGUUGGAGGGGCCAAACAAAUUGUAGACCAGCGGCUCGAAUUGCCAGGCAAGAAGUCUGGAAAGGAUCGCGUAGAAGCUUUUAGAACAACGCAUUCUGAUGUUGGUCUUUUCAUGGUUUUCAGAGAGAACACAUCGGGCAGAAGAUCUAAUAGUUCAGAGAUCCAAGAUUCUUCUCAAAUGAAUCUGCUCGAUCUGCAUAAGCGAUCUGGGAAAAAGGGUUCCCAGCAAUUACAAGAGUCGACGCGAUUACCGGAAGGAUUAGAAGGUUUGCAAGUUGGUUCAAUGAUGAAGCAUGGCAAGAAUAAGGACAUUGUCCCUGAGGCACUGGAGUAUCAGAUGGAAACGCCUAUCGUCUUUGGUAAAGGUGAAGAAGAGCACUGGAAGACGAAGGGUUUGAGGUCAGUGUCCGUUGCUGGCUGCAGUGAUAUAACUGACAAAGGAAUUCAGGCUUUGCUUAGGGGUCCAUCGAAAGAAUCUUUGGUUUCUUUAGACAUUUCAAGGUGUCCUGGUGUGACUAGUGCGGGGUUGCGGCUUCCUCCAGUAUCAGCCUUGGAGGUUCUGACAGCAACUCAGCUGCCCAGUAUCUCUCGAUUGUCUAUACAACUUUCAGUUGAGGGUUCUCUUUUACAGCUUAACCUUGCAGGCUGUUCAAAGUUAGAAGAUCUCCACUUGGUGGCUCCUUACUUACAAACACUGAACUUAUCAAACUGCAAGAAGUUAUCCCGUCUUCAGCUGAAAUGUCCAGAGUUGCAUUUUUGCAAUCUGUCCCUAUGCGAGUCAUUGGCGACUUUAUCAAGGUUUACGUGUCCUUCACUUCAGAGUGUAAAUGUAUAUGGAUGUCGCUUAUUGUCACCAGCUGGCUUCUCUAGCAUCCUUGACACAGCUGUAGCAUUGCGGGAACUUCGUUGUGGAGGUUGCGACAGACUAGAACGAUUAGAGAUACCUCAAAUGUCUCUAGUUCGUGUAGAAGUCCAGGGGUGCUCUUCUCUUAAAAGACUGAACGUGUUAUCUCGGGUGCUGAAAGUGGUGGACGCUUGUGGCUGCAAGAACCUCGCAGAAGUAUAUUUAUAUUCUCCAAAUUUGCGUUGCAUGCUGUUCUCUAAUUGUGCACUCUUGCAGACACUGGUCAUUCCGUUGGAUGCUAUGAAACUUUCGGUGGACCGGGCGGUUAAGAGUCGGGACCAAGACCCGAGUGCUUCACAAGAGGGCCUUGAAAUUUCCAUCAGUGGAUGUAAUGUUUCAGAGUCUGUCCAGAAAAAUCUUGCACGGCUUACCAAACAGUGGAAGUCGACCUUUGCAAACUAGGUGAACCUUGGCACUCAAGGUUUUCUUUUAAACACCUUCUGUUCAGGCUCGAGGUGGUACUCUAUAUAUUCAAGAAAUAAGUGUUUCCUUUAUUAACCCGCCAAGGGUUCUUUUACAUUCAUUUGGUUGGGAAUAUAUGCUAUGUACUGUUUUUUGUGUGUUAA